CGAGGCUUGGCGUCAUGUCAUCGGCUGAUGUCGUCCCUUAGAAAUCAUCAAGUGGAAAUUCCCGAUUCCCCAACUUUCUGUCACAACAACAUUAGCAAGCUGUGGCGGUGUUGAAACCCAAGAGCUACCGUUAGCUGCGCUCACUUUUUCACGCGCCGAGGAUGAACGCACCUAGCUUAAUCACGAGGCGAUCCGUCUCGAUCUGCCUGUCGUGCCGGCGCAAUCUGCUGCGUCAACGUCAAUUCUCGUCAACCCCCGCCGCGCUCAUCGCAGCCUUUCAGGCAUACACACUCCCCUCACAACCGCCCGCACCGCCUCGCAAUGCUUCCGUACCGGACACCUCGAUCGCGCGUCCCGUACAGUCGCCGCCACUUCCCCAGGUGCACGAAACUCGGCCGCCGAGGCAGCAGCCGACGGCGCCGGUAGCCGCAGCCGACGCCUCGACGGUCUCGAUCCCCGAGAAGGAAGCACAGCAGUCCAGGCCUGGCUUUGCAGCGACGACAAGCUCACCUUCUUCUAUCCCCGAUACCGCGACCACUUCACAGUUGAACCAACCAACCUCAGCAUCACAGAACACCGCGCAAACAUCUCAACAGCACCAGCAACAACAACAACCGGCAGCGGCCCGAUCCCGGACCACCCGGCUGCGCACGCCGCGCAAGGCAGCCAUGAAGCUCACCCCCGCCGCCGUCGAGCACCUGCGCCAGAUGCUGGACCAGCCCGAGCCAAAACUGAUCAAGGUCGGCGUGCGGAACCGGGGUUGUUCGGGCUUAGCCUACCACCUCGAAUACGUCGACAAGCCGGGCGCGUUUGACGAGACGGUUGAGCAGGACGGGGUGAAAGUGCUGAUUGACAGCAAGGCGCUGUUCAGUAUUAUUGGGAGUGAGAUGGAUUGGGUGGAGGAUAAGUUGAGUCAGAGGUUUGUGUUUCGGAAUCCGAAUAUUAAGGAACAAUGCGGGUGUGGGGAGUCGUUUAUGGUAUGAUGCCCUCACGAUAAGAGGAGGAGGAGGAGGAGCUAGGACUAUAGUCCACGCGGACGGGUAAUCAGCCGGGCGGUGGGCGAAAUCAAAAUAUCAGAUGGCCGUCCGCAGGAUGGCUGGCUCAGACGGCGGUGGCACGAGCCCAU